UAAUUUCAAUUGAAGAUUAAACAUACAAAAGAUUGGUGAGAGGAUAUGCAAAUAUUAGGCAGGGCUGGAUUCGGGGCCGAGCCUAGGCCCGGACGAGCCGCCGGUUCUGAAUAGGUGGGUACGGGACCGGCCCCGGGUAGCCACCGAGUCCGGUCCGGGCCUCGGGUCAAUAUUUUUAUCCCUUUUUCCUAAUUAACCUCCCCCCACCCCCAACCCUCCAAAUCACCCCCAAAUGGCCCAAAAUACCCAGCCCAACUCGAAAAGUUAAAAAAAAUUGAAAAAAAAAAUUAAAGUCCGGAACCGGCCAGGCCGGUUCGUUUUUUGGGUGACCCGAGCCCGCACCGGAAACCCCCGGGCCGGGCCUAUCCAGACCCGUCACUGACCGAGCCGGGCUGGUUCAGUAUAGUACCGGUCACAGGCCGGUUCCGGGUCGGGCCACCCGGCCCAAGUCCAGGAGUAAUAUUAGGCACCAUUCCCACGUAGUGCGUACUCUGCUAGAUAUAUACGAGUAGAUUGUUAACCGGUUUUAUAGACUUUGACCGGUUAAUUUGACCCCUGACCCGGUACUAGCUUCGUCUGGUUUCUUAAACCAAGACACAAACAUCUGACAAAAUGCUUGCUUUUACUUCCCAGUUCCCACCUCUACCUCCAUCUUUCCCUUUCCUUUCCUUUCCUUUCCUUCCUUUGAACCAAGCAGGGCUUUAAAGCCGGGCAGAGGCUCUGAUCCGAGCGGUCCUGACGAAGCUAAGGCAAAUAAACUGGUGUCGAGUAUUCAUGGCUGCCCAAGACUCCAAAUGGCAGUUUCCAAUGGCGGAAAAAUGGAUGGAGGCGGAUUACGGGGAGAUGUCUGUGGUUACCAAUGGACCAGCCGUGGUUUCUUUCGCUCUUCUUGAUCUCUUCUUCUCCAACGCUACUACAUCCCUGAAGUUUCUGGUUCGGUCGUACCCUAACUCCGGGAUACAUGUUUACUGGCGUUUUUAUACAGGAACUAAAUAAAAUAAAGAGGAGGUUGAAGGAGAUGGAAGACGAGCAGGCGGCUCAGGAACUAAAUAAAAUAAAGAUGAGGUUGAAGGAGAUGGAAGAAGAGCAGGCGGCUCUCCGCGAAUUGCAGGCCAAAGUCGAGAGCGAACUUAUUUACAAAAAGAAAGUCGAGAACGAAAUGGGUGCCGUGCAAGACCCUGAAACCGAUGCUGCUGACCAGACUGAUAAGGAAGAAGUGGAUGCUCGUUCUAUCUUUGUUGGCAAUGUAUCGUGAACUUGCACACCGAGUGGAUGAAGCAAUGGGAUUCAUGACAGCAGCUGGGCUUACCAUUGACCAUCCAAUAAUGACCACAACAGACUUCUGGACAUCCCACGAGUGCCUACUCUUGCCUUAUGAGCAAGCCCUUACAAGGGAAGAUUCUACAUCUGGCCUUUAUUAUGACUGCUCUGCCCACAUGCUUUGGGUCGGGGAGCGAACAAGGCAAUUGGAUGGUGCACAUGUAGAGUUCCUGAGAGGAGUUGCUAAUCCACUUAGAAUUAAGGUGAGUCAGAAAAUGGAUCCCAGUGAGCUGGUAAAGCUUAUAGACAUUCUGAACCCCAAAAACAAACCCGGGAGAAUAACAGUAAUAGCCAGAAUGGGUGCUGAUAACAUGAGAGUGAAAUUGCCUCAUCUGAUUAGAGCUGUUCGCAGCGCAGAUCAAAUCGUGACUUGGGUCAGUGAUCCCAUGCAUGGCAAUACAACUAAAGCUCCUUGUGGACUCAAAACCCGAUCAUUUGAUGCAAUCAGGGCUGAGCUAAGGGCAUUCUUUGAUGUUCAUGAUCAAGAAGGGAGCUUUCCGGGGGGAGUGCAUCUGGAGAUGACAGGCCAGAAUGUGACGGAGUGCGUAGGAGGUUCUAGAACAAUUACCUAUAACGACCUUAGCUCACGCUAUCACACACACUGCGAUCCCAGACUAAAUGCAUCUCAAUCUCUUGAGCUUGCCUUUGUCAUUGCCGAUCGCCUCCGGAAAAGGAGGCUGGGACCCCACUUCAAGCUCUGAGAUUGAGGGAGGGGAUGUGCUAUGAUCGCUCUGCACCGUGAAGGUUUCUUCAGUUUGAGACAACUUUAACGUUAGGUUUUUAAUGUAGAGCUGUGUUGGAAGUGAUAUAUAUAGUGCUACCCCCCAAUAAAUAUGUAUAAUUUACUAAAACGAUACUCAAGUUUUUUUUUUGAAGGAAAAUGAUACUCAAGUUUAAAAACUGGAACAUGGAGAGUUGAAAGGGGUAAGAAGUAAUAGAGGUAUCCAACACUGAAACACGACCCCACCCUUGCGAAUGUGCUUACAGUUGUGUAAAGCUCACAAAAAGAGUAGAAACAAAGCCAUCCAUCUUCAACUUAACGGAUUCACAAAAACUUCAUUUAAAU